AGAGAGAGAGAGAGUGGGUACCGAAGGGGGUGGAGAAAGGUGCGUACGAGAGCCGAGUUAACCUCGGUCCCAAAGUGUUUCCCUAGCAGACGAAGCGAGAUCAUGGCCGAGGGCGGGUGCCUAGCUCAAUCUGAAAGGAACUACAUUAGUCAAAGAUGGAUUACCUACCGUUUGUGACAGCUUUGCUGGCCUUAGUACUCUACCUGAACACAUUAGAGGCAGGCUUCGCAUACGACGAUAGUCGCGCCAUUUUGAAGAACCCUGACCUCCUGCCAGAAACUCCGCUAUGGAAUCUUGUAUACGACGACUUUUGGGGGACGCCCCUGACUCACAGCGGAUCUCACAAGUCUUACAGGCCGCUCUGUGUGCUGACGUUCAGGCUCAACUACUUGCUGGGGGAGCUGACGCCAUGGGGGUACCAUCUGGGCAAUGUCAUCAUCCACGCCCUCACAACAUUUGUGUUUACCGCGGUGGCCAGGGUGUUCCUCAAGACCGACACCGGAACUUUGACCGCCGGGCUCCUAUUCGCGGCCCACCCCAUUCACACAGAGGCUGUCGCCGGAAUUGUUGGGAGAGCCGACGCGUUGGCCUGCCUGCUGUUUCUACUCACAAUGGUCUCCUACAUGCGUUACGUUGAUCUUCGCGCGUCGCCAAACGGUGAUGGUAUCAGCAGAUGGCCAUGGGCUGCCCUCGCCCUGUUGCUCUCUGCUGCAGCGAUGCUGACCAAAGAACAAGCGCUGACGAUCUUAGCAGUUUGCUGGACAUACGAUGUGUUUAUAGCACAAAGAGCAUCACUGCAAGACUUAUUCACUUUAAAAAUUUUCACCAAGAGACAGUUCCGAGGGAGUCUAGAAGGAACAUUGCUUAUUGGAGCUUGUAGCUCCGCUCUUUUGGGCUUCAGGAUUUACUUUAUGGGUAACAAACCCCCAGAGUUCGCUCCUUCAGACAACCCAGCCUCAGAUUCCGACAGCUUUUUAACUCGGGCGUUGACCUACAACUAUCUCCCUUCGCUCAACUUCUGGAUGCUUCUGUGUCCAACAGUACUGAGUUUUGAUUGGUCAAUGGACUCCAUUCCCCUGGUGGAAGCAUGGACUGACCCGCGCAAUCUGUCCACCCUAGCAUUUUACGUGACCCUGGCCUAUAUUCUGUUUUGUGUUGCUCAACAUAUCAACGAGGAUAAUUCAGCAGUGAAAAACUGUGACACGAGCCUCAACGGCUUCCGGUCCAGCCCUUGCAGGACUCUAAAUAAUAACUCUGUGAAAUCCAGUCUACACUAUUCAGAAGGAGAAGAAAGUCCUUAUAUCAAGUGCAUUUCAAUUCGUCCAGUUGAUUCAACAAUACUAGCUUUGUCUAUACUUAUUUUCCCGUUUAUUCCCGCCUCUAAUUUAUUCUUCUAUGUUGGGUUUGUGAUAGCCGAGAGGAUUUUAUACAUUCCAAGCAUGGGUGCCUGUCUGCUGGUUGGACUCGGCUUCGACGCCUUGUAUGCCAAGUUUUUUCACAGCGCUAGACGGAAAUUUCUCGUUGCCGGAUUGGCCUUGCUAGUGUUGUCAUUUAGUGCCAAAACUGUGCUACGUAACCGCGACUGGCAGACUGAGGAGAGACUUUAUAGCGCGGGCGUGGCCGUGAACCCGGCAAAAGCCUGGGGGAAUCUGGCCAAUGUCUUCAAUGAUAAACAACAAUAUGGUCAAGCAGAGGAGGCUUACAGGAAUGCCUUGAAGUACAGAUCCAACAUGGCAGAUGUCCACUAUAACCUGGGCAUUCUUCUCCAGAAUCAGAACCGUUUAUCAGAAGCCAUUGAUAGUUAUAAAAAAGCCAUUCAAUUUCGACCACGGCUGACAGUGGCACAUCUCAACUUAGGUAUCAUGACAGCACAGAUGGGAGACACUGAGCUGGCUAAAAAGAUCUACAGUCAUUGUGCAGACUUGGAUACUUCAGGACUGAAAGAUCCCAGGCUACAUGACGGAACUAAAAUAUCCUGCAUGUUCAAUCAUGGAAGAAUCCUGAUGGACGAAGAUAAACUAAAGGAAGCACUUGCCAUGUUUAUGAAAGCACUACAACGACGGCCUGAUCACUAUGGUCCACAGAGUAUCUACAACAUGAUUGGUGAAGUUUAUUAUAAAAUGGGUCAGCUGGAAGAAGCAGAGAAAUGGUAUCGUGAAGCCUUAAAGUCCAAGCCUGACCACCUCCCAGCUUUUCUGACCAUGUCCAAGCUGAUGCAGAUGAAGACCAAGUGGGAGGAGUCAGAGUCCUGGCUAAAGAAAGCAAAACAAUUUCAUCCUACUGAUCUUACAGUUGACUUUCAUCUCGCUCAGUUGUAUGCCUCCAUGCAACGGUUCAGUGACAGCAUCCAAAUAUUGGAGAAGCUACUUCCUGUCAUGAGCAAUGACUUUGAUAUUGUUUACAAUGCUGCCAAUGUCUACAGAGAAGCUGACCUGAAAGACAAGGCUGAAGAACUCUACAUGGCAGCCGUAAAACUCAAACCAAAUGAAGCAGCUGCUUGGAUGAAUCUAGGUGCCAUGUUUCACAUCAAUACUAAAUACAAACAAGCUGAACAAGCUUAUUUGAAAGCCUUGGAACUUAAGCCCAAUGAUAAAGUCACCACAGAAAACCUGCAAAGACUGCAUAAUCUUGUUGGCAAAGUGAGAUGAUCUGCCAGUACAAUCUAAGCAUGAUAGUAAAACCUUGUUGGCAAGUUUCACCGUUCUGCCUGUACAAACUAAACAUGAUAGUAAAACCUUGUUGGCUAGUUUCACUUAUUUGCCUGUACAAACUAAACAUGAUAGUAAAACCUUGUUGGCUAGUUUCACUUAUUUGCCAGUACAAACUAAACAUGAUAGUAAAACCUUGUUGGCAAGUUUCACUUAUCUGCCAGUACAAACUAAACAUAUAGAAAGAUCUUCUUGUUUUAUGACAACAUUCAAAUAUGCAACGACCAAGUUCCUGUUUUCAAGAAUGAUUUACACAAUUACUGAAUUCAAUUCAAUUUGCAUUGAAUUGCCUUAAAAUGAAAUCAGGCAGCCAAUCAGAAUGCUUGUUACAGAUACUUUUGUUGCUGUUAAAGGUUGCAUCAUUUUUCAUUACUAAAAAUAGAUUCAAAAACUAUUUUUAGAUCAGGUCUGCAUAAUUAUGAAUUCAUUGUCCAUGUCGAAAAUGAAAUUAUUACAUGAAUACUUGUGUUAUAUCUGCCCUAAUGUGUUAUAUUGCUGUAUAAUUCAAUAAUGUCUAAUUAAAAAAAUAAUAAUAAUAGGUGUUAAGAAAUAAGGAAUGCAUGCCAUCAUGAAACUAUAUGUUACUCAAAUGUUUCUGUGGCAUUUUACGUCUCGAGAGACGAUCUUUUCCCUUUGCAACUUAUUGUGUGACUAAAGAGGCCAAUCCUUGAUACACAGCUGCGAUCGCAGGUUGGGCAUAUAUAAUCACCAGGCUCCGUUGCAUUUUCACUCUUCUUUCUGCUUCUGUUGUGUAUGGCAUCUGCAAUCUGUGACCCUUCCUUUAUGCUCUCUCUCCAUGUGGAUCUGUCCAGUGCCACCUCUUCCCAGUUGUCAGUGUCGAUUUUGAAGAGCUUCAUGUCGCGUUUGCAUACAUCCAAAUGUUUAUGCUGUGACUUAUGUUAGUUGUAAGAACUCUCCUGCAUUUGGACACUAAUUGUAGAGAUUAGUAUUAUAGCUUUUAUAUAGCGCUACUUUCAUGCUUAUAGCAUGCUCAGAGCGCUUUUGGUCCAAUCUCAUUUGUGGACCGGUGGGGGGGGAGGGGGUAUCUAGGAGUUGGUUUUUCGUGCUGCCUUUAGGCGCUCAGUAAACACAACUCUGCCCGAGUCGGGUGUCGAACCUCGAGCCCCCUUCUAGGUAGCCAAGACAAGCCAAGUUCAAGGGCACUUAGCCUCUCGACCACGCUUCCCACGUAUGUAUGUGUUGCAUCAGAAGGCUAGGGAAUGAAACUUUCAGGUUCAUCUCAAUGAUGGUCCAAUUUAAAAUCACUUUCAUUCGUGUAUAUAAAGUUAAUGUGUUAGACCAUCAGUUUGGUUGUAAAUGAAAACAUUGAAAUUUAGCUUCUGUAAUAGAACUUCCUUUAGAUUUACAUGAAAAAACAACAACAACAUAAUAUACAGACUAAUCCAGUUCAAUCCAGUGCUAAAAGUUUGUAACAAUUUGUACUGUAAGACUUAAAGAUGCUGUGAAUCCAUGGCUAAAAGUUUUUAACACUUUGUACUGUAAGACUAUAAGAUGCUGUGAAUCCAGUGCUAAACGUUUUUCACACUUUGUACUGUAAGACUUUAAGUUGCUGUCAAUGCGGUAGUUCUCCUUUUUGUUUUGUCUUUUUAUCAUUGACAUUUGUUUAGACAUUUUGGAUCAGAUUCAUGAGUUUUUCUACUUAGACUUUGAUUUGUUUUGUAAAAUGUGUAUUUGUUAACUAGCUAAAUAGGUUACCCUGAAAUGAUCAAUUCAAAUUUCUAUUCAGGUUUUAAGAACUGCCAAAGCUAGGUUUUCUUUUCAGACUCUGCAACAUUUUAAAGUCUUGAUUUUUGUUUUUGUACUCAACAAAAUUCUGUUAAGUUUUGGUAUUUAAAAUUUCAGAAACCUAUAGGACAAAAACAAACUUUAAGUCUCAAUACUGUAAUACGUAAUCAUCUUCUUUUUUUGAAGUGAUAUCUGUAUUUUAUCAGAUACUGUCAUGCAAUGGUGAUGGAAAACUCAUCUUUCUGAUACACACACUGCUAGUCUACACUAAGGAAUUGUAGGCAAUUGUAUACUAUUUUAUCAAAGUUAAAUGCUGAUUAGCUGAUGCCAUUUGUAAUCCUGUUUAUGAUGUCUCAAAAAUAUUUGAUCUCAAAGCUCUUUUGAACCAAUGUGAUGCUAGCCUACCAUGCUUAGCUGUUGUUUUGUUUUGUUUGCCCUAAGUUAUCAUGUGGUGCCCCACCAGUUCAACCAAAGUGAAAAUCUUGUGUUCUCUUUUCUGGGUUUCAUCCUGAAGCAGAGACGCUUCUUGUUCCGAGCAUAAAAUAUCUUUGAAAGAAUUUGGGAAAUAAACUGAAUUCACAGAUAGGAUCAGAACUAUUGUUUUCUGUGAUAUCUGAAAAAGAGGAUUUUUAAUUUUGUUCAUGGUUUACAUUAUUUUGGCUAGAUUAUUACUUAUUAUAUUAUAUUUUUAUAUUAUAUUACUUUUUAUAAUUUCACAUAAUGAUUCCAGUUUAAAAUGAAUCACCAAUUAUUAUUCUUUUUUAACCCAUGUGUAAAUUUCCAAAAUUAUUAGUUGACUCCUUAAUGUUUAAUGAAUAUAGACUCACCAGAUCAACUGAGUCCAGAUUAUUGUGAUUAACUUUGGUUAGGCCAAUAAUAGAAUAUGCAUCCUCUGUUUGGGAACUGAACUCAAGAAAACAUUAAGAAACUGGAACAGACACGAAAGAGAGAUUCAUAACAGAUGAAUAUUCACAUUUGACUAGAGCAACACCUUUAGUAAAAUCACUAAAUUUAGAAAGCCUUCAGGAUAGAAGACUCAAUAGUAAAGUAGCGAUUAUAUAUUAAACAAUGAACCAAAAUGAAAUCUAAUAAAAUACUUAGAAAGACUCAAAAGAUAAAGGCACUUUCCUCGUUCCAUAUGCUAGGACAAAUUUGAACAAAUGCUCCUUCCCUAGUGCUAUUAGAGCAUGGAAUGGGUUGCCUGAGCUAGCCAGGAAAACCAGUGACUUGGCAGAAUUUAGGUCAUUGGUUAAUAUGCAUAACUAAAUGAAUGACGCAUAGGACAUAAUCAUCUUCUUUUUUGAAGUAACGUCUGUAUUAUAUAAGAUAAGAUAUAUUUUAUAUUUUCUGAUGAUUUUUUUAAGGAUGGGGAUCUAUAUUUUCUGCAUUACAGUAGUGAUAGAAUUACUUCCCUUGUACAAAAAAAAAAAAAGGUAUUUAUAUAUAUAUGCCGUAUUAAGAAUAUAAUUCAUUGAAUGUUCUUCACUGUUGUAUUUAUCUCUCCAUCAGUAUCUCAGUCCCAUGUAUGUUCAUUUCUCUAGUUGGUGCUAAACACAAUUCCAAGAAUGUUGAAUGUUCUAUUUAAUACUUAGUCCCAGAAUACCUAUGCUGUGUGUGUAGAGGGAAUGACAAAUACAAGGCUUGCAGUGUUACUGUUUAGACCUGGGUGACUGUUACCUAUGCCCAGACAUCUGCCACUGUAUUAACUACUUAAAGAUACCUGGUAGUUAUUUUUAAGACAAUAAUUAGGGAUCAGAGAAGGUAAUGAAAGAAAUGUGUCUACGAAUAGAAGGAAUAAUUUCUGUUGGUAGAUUGUGCACAGUAGAUUGUGCAAGGGUGUGGCCACAUGAAUGUAUGGGUCCAGGGCCGGCCUUAGGUCACUGCAGCCUAUGCGGUCGCAUUGGCCCCCGCGCUUUCAUAGGAUCCACGCUAAUUCUAAGUGUACAUUAUUAAAUUAAACCAUUAUAACGUAUAUAAAAUAACAGGGUUUUCGCAACCUGAUUUUCCAGGGCCUCCAAGAAAUCUCAUGAAAAGGCAAAAUAUACGAUAAAGUCCUGAACUUUUUUUGAAUUUAUUCAAAUCUCCUGAAGAAUAGACGAAAUUGACAUUUUGGGGGUGCUUAUAAAUAAAAAGUGUCAUUGCGAGCUUUCAUUUGAUAAAAAUUUAUUGCAAAGACGAAAGUAGGCCCAUUUUCUAAUUCAAAAAAAAAAUAAAUAUUGGCAUUAUGCUCAUCCCUACCCAGACUAGGCCCCGCACAAUCCGUUUCGCAUAGGGCCCCGCAAAUGCUAGGACCGGCCCUGUAUGGGUCAGUGACUCGAUGAAUCCUUCCUCUUGCUGUGUUCACCAUACUCUCCGAGACAAAAAGUCUUUCUUUUCCAUGUUCCUCAAAUACACGCUAGAGUUUGUGAUGUAACACACACACCACCCCUUGGUGUCCCAAGCACACUGUCUUAUUAAUUAGCAGCCACCAAAUUUUCAUACCAGUGGCUGACUAGAAAAGUGAACACAGCUGUCUGUACUAGACAUGCGAUGUUCAAAUAGUAUAUUUUCGAAUGGCGGUGUUAUUUUCUGAGGUAUUUUCCAUUCAGAACUUAGUACCAAGUUUGAUUACCUUUUGACUUGACUUAAAUUUGCAUAUUUGAUCAAUAUUUGUUUCUUGUUACUGGUACUUUACUUUUUUUUUAAUGAAUGAAAUUUUAUUUCACUAAAAACUUUUUGUGUGUGUCAUAAUGUUUUAUUUUUUUUUUCCCAUUGUGCUUUGAUCAUUGCUAUCUUUAUGUGAAACAGAACUCUAUUGAUAUAUUCAUUGUAUCCCCCACAUUUUUGUUACAAGCCACUGUCUGUGAUGCAGGUGACCUACUUUUUAUUUACUGACAUGCCAUUUUUUUUUUGUUUCUAUUUCCUGUUAAUGUUGACACUUUUAUGUGCUUACACAAUUUUGUGACUAUUUUGUUUACGUUUCAUGUCUAUUUAUAUAAGAUACUUCUAUUUCAUUCCUUUUGACUUUUGUAGUCAACCAAUGGUGACCAAAUCUGGUUUCAUAACAUUCCAUUCAGAAGUUCCCAAUUUGAAUGUUGAUUCUAUCCGCAAAUGAAAUUGUUCCCGUCAGUCUUUUAUAUUGACAGAUUUUAUUUUAACAAAGAUGUUUUGAAAUGUUGAUGAAAUUUCAAAUAUAAAGAAAGAAAAAAAAAUGUUUGUUUUUUCUUUGUUACGAAUAAAAAUAUUACAUUUGCAAUCUAA